AUGCGUGACAUUCAAAUGUUAGACUUCAGGAGUGCCGAAAAAGAUGUCCUAAAACCGACUGCGAGAUGGCCUUUUAAAAUAAGUGAAUGCAAAAGAUUCAUUUUAAAGAGAUCCAAAACUGUUGGAAAUGUGCUUAUUCGUGGAGAACUGCAUUUUAAUUCAGAUAUAGGUAAAGCAGUAAAUCUUUGCAAAACUGGAAUGAAAAACAAUAUGAUUAUCCCAUCCACAGUGCCACUAGGAGCACCCAUGAAUCGUGCAAAAAUAACUGAUGUCGAUGCAUUAUUAAAAAAGCAUUUUGGCGCUGAAUGGGAAACCAAUGCAGAAUGUCAGUUUUAUGUAAAUAUUAUAAGAUCGCCAGUUAUUCAAGAGGGGCAUUCAGAAAGAGGGGAAGAUGAUAAUGAAAACUAUUAUGAAUGUAGGGAUGAUACUGUGGAUUUAAGAAUUUAA